CUCGCGCGCCGCCGUUGUGUUCGCUUCUCCGCCGCGGCUGUCGCAGUUUGAUCGGACUCGGCGGACCUGAAGGAAGUGCAGCCAUGGCGCAGGGGCUCAAAGCGAGAUUCGAGAACUUCCUCCACGAGAAGAACCUCAUGGCGAACUGCCUGGAGAAGCUGGAGGCGAAGACCGGCGUGAGCAGGACCUACAUCGCGCUCACUGUCAUCGGCGUCAUCGCGGUGUACCUGGUGUUCGGCUACGGAGCCUCGCUGCUGUGCAACCUCAUCGGCUUCCUCUACCCGGCCUACAUCUCGAUCAAGGCCAUUGAAAGUGCCACUAAGGACGAUGACACCAAGUGGCUCACCUACUGGGUCGUGUACGGACUCUUCAGCGUCGCCGAGUUCUUCGCCGACAUCUUCCUCUCCUGGUUCCCCUUCUACUACAUCGGAAAGUGUGCCUUCCUGGUGUGGUGCAUGGCGCCCUCGGCCUCCAACGGCUCCAUCCUGAUCUACACCCGCAUCAUCCGGCCGUUCUUCCUCAAGAACCAAACGCGCAUCGACGACGCGGUGAAGACGCUGCAGGACAAGGCGACGGAGGCCGCCGACAAGUUCAGGGACGAGGCCAAGAGAGCCACCGCCAACAUCAUGUUCGAGGAGAAGAAGAGCUCCUAGGAGAGAGGAGAGAGGCUCCGCCCUCAGGACGUUUGCUGAAGAAGAUCCUGUUACUCGUCUUCACCUGGUGGAAGUUACACGCGUCACACACAUCAAUCAUGUCAGCGCUUUACUUAGAGUUAACAGCACGCUGGCCCCCAUGACCUUUGACCUCUAUGACCUUUAUGAACCCAAUAUAACAACCCCCCCCCCCCCCCUGAAGUGGUGUCUUGUGCUUCAUAUGAGAAUGUUUCUCCUCUUCUAGUAGAUUGACUCUUUUAAUUCAGCGUUCUUAUUUAUGAAGAUAAUAAACGUGUCCAUGUGGAGUUUCA